AGAGAACGCACCGUUUAGUGGUGCGCAUCGAAAACUCGUUUACCAGAGCACAGAAUCGAAUCAAGGAGAGCAUGUUCGUCAAUGGCGAUUAACCUUUCAACCCCAGAACUCUGUGAAACUCAACCUCCAAAUGAAUGGCCAGAGUUUCAUCUCGACAACUUGUCCCCUUUCUUUCCCGCCCCAUCACCACCACCACUACUAACAUUCCUCCUUCUUCUUCAUCUUCACCUUUUCUUCCACAAGACAAAAAACCAACACUCCCAUUCCUCACCCACCUUCAUUUUCAAUCCCUUCUCACACCCUCUUCUUGCCAAACCACUCGCCACCUUCUUCAAAUCCAAGCCCUUCUCAUUACUUCUAGCGUUUACCGCAACCCCUUCUUAGCACGCACACUUUUGAGCCGUGCUUCUAAUCUAUGUGACGUUUCCUUCACCUUACUCGUUUUUCACCAUUUUAAUAACCCUUUGGAUACUUUCUGUGUUAACACUGUGAUAAACUCGUAUUGUAAUAGCUAUGUUCCGAAUGAAGCUGUUGGUUUUUACUUUCGGUCUUUGAGGAUUGGGUUGUUUCCUAAUAGUUAUACGUUUGUUCCACUCAUUCGGUCUUGUUCUAAUAUGGGUUGUGUUGAGAGUGGUGGAAUGUGUCACGCUCAGGCUGUGAAGAAUGGGGUUGAUUUUGUGUUGCCGGUGCAGAAUUCUUUGGUUCAUAUGUAUGCUUCUUGUGGGGAUGUUUUUCUUGCUAGGGUUGUGUUUGAUGAAAUGCUUAGUCCGGAUUUGGUUUCGUGGAACUCAAUGAUUGAUGGGUAUGUUAAAGUUGGCGACUUGAAUGGUGCACACAGGCUGUUUGAUGUAAUGUCUGAGAGGAAUUUGGUUACUUGGAAUAGUAUGAUUAGUGGGUUUUUGAAGGGUGGGAAUCCUGGUUAUGCGUUGAAGUUGUUUAGGGAAAUGGGUAGGCUUGGAUUGAGAGGUAAUGUUAGGAGUAUGGUUUGUGUGAUUACGGCUUGUGGUCGGUCAGGUAGACUUAAAGAAGGAAAAUCAGUUCACGGAAGUGUAAUCAGGUUGUUCAUGAGGUCGAGUUUGAUUCUCGAUACUGCUUUGAUAGAUAUGUAUUGUAAAUGCCGGAGGGUUGAGGUGGCGAGAGAAAUUUUCGAGAGGAUGGGUAAUAGGAAUUUGGUUUCGUGGAAUGCAAUGAUUCUGGGGCAUUGCAUUCGUGGGAGUCCUGAAGAUGGACUGAGUCUGUUUGAUUUAAUGGUGGGGAUGGAGAGGAUGAAAGUUGAGGUUGAUGAAAGUCCAAGUGCAACAGAUAAAGGUUUGGUUAGGUUUCUCCCGGAUGAAAUUACAUUCAUUGGCAUUCUUUGUGCCUGUGCUCGGGCGGAACUGUUGACUGAAGGCAGGUUUUACUUCAAGCAAAUGGUUGAUGUGUAUGGCGUGAAACCAAAUUUUGCUCAUUUUUGGUGCAUGGCAAAUCUUCUUGCUAACGUGGGGCUUGUUGACGAGGCAGAGGAGUGUCUGAAGAGCAUGUCGAAAUUUGACGCGGACAUGUCACAGGAGUCAUUGUUAUGGGCAAGUUUGCUUGGUUUGUGUCGGUUCAAGAGAGACGUGUACUUGGGGGAACAGAUUGCUGAACUUCUUGUUGACAUGGAUCCUAAGAACCUAUCUUAUUACCAGUUUCUGCUGAUCAUUUAUGCCGUGGCUGCUCAAUGGGAGAAUGUUUCUAGAGUGCAAAAACUGAUGAAGGAAAGAAAGUUAGGGAUAAUCCCUGGAAGCAGUCUUGUGGACAUGAAACAUAUUGUUCACAAUUUCAAAGUGUCAAACAAACGGCAUGAAGGAAUUGAAGCAGUAAACAAGAUGAUGAAUGAACUAUCUCAUAAACUUAGGUUGCCAUGUGCUGAUUCAAGCCAGUCAUCAGAAGGGCAGAAAGAGUUGCGAAGACCAGGAUGACAGAUAAAGCAAACCUGUAGACAAGUAGCCUUAGAAUUCGAGCUUCGAGCCGCAUUUUUUAAAUAAGUUGCCUUGAUUUUUUUACCAAUCCAAACAACCAGAGUUUUAUAUUGGUACAAGUUUCUCUUGGGGCAUCGAUACGGAUACUAACAGAAUACCCAAUUUUGUUUUGAGGUGUUUAAUUUAUAUGAAGUUUUGUAAGUGUGGGUGGAGUUUAGCAUCAUUGGUGCUAAACCUACUUUAUUUUUCUUUCA